CCCAGGCCCUCUAGGACCAUCAUGACGGAAGGCUCGAGCGUCCGUGUGCACCGCGUCGACGCCGCCUGCGACGCCCGCCCGCUCCCGGGCAUGGUCAGGCCGCCCACGCUCCUUUGCGUCCCCGGCCUCAAGGAGUCGCGGUCCGGCUACCGCGUCGAGGAUCGCGACGUUGUCUACUUGUGCGUGAGGCCGGGAUCCGACUUUGGCACCCCUGCCUUCGCGGCGGAGUGCCUCGCCGCCGUGCGUGAGCACCUCCCGGACGACGCCCCGGUGGAUGCCCUCGCCUUCUCAAUGGGCUGCUCGGUGCUGGCCCAGCUCGUCGCCGCCGGCCUCCGGCUGCGCGAGGCGUCCCUCAUCUCCCCCGCGGGCCACUUCAACGGCACGUGGGCCGAAUCGCUGCUCCGCCGCGGCACCGCCUUUGGCAGCUGGCGGUACGGCACCGGUUUCUGGUCCGGCCUCGCCACCUUCCCCACCUACGUGGCCGGCGGCGCCAACGCGUGGGAGUACGAGUCGCUCCACCGCCUGGCGGAGCGGGUCAAGGUGUACGCGGCCGCGUCGGACCCGGUGCACCCGAACGACGUGGAGAAGUUCGCCGCCAACAAGCAGAUCAAGCUGAUCGAGGCGGACGGAGGCCACUUCGGCCCCAAGACGUACGUCCCGAUGCUGCACCGCCGCAAGUCGCGCUCUCCGCGCCGCGCCGACAAGGCGCCUCGCCCGCUGCACAAGAAGAUCCUGUCGCAGAUGCUGCAGCCGUACUGGGUCGCGCACGUCGUGUGGGUGCUGUGCUGCGCGAUGCUCUGCCAGUCGCAGUGGGGGAUGCUCUCCUCCCACCCGCUCACGACCCUCAGCUACGGCUACACCUACUGCGGCUGCUGGUCGCUGAUCGAGUACGUCUACCACCGCGCCCUCCAGCACCACGUGCUGCGCCCGACGCACUGGACGCACCACCGCCGCCCGCACGACCACAAGCACCUCCGCAGCCCCGCCGGCAUGAUCCAGCUCUACGGAGGCGCCCUCUGCCUGCUCGUCUACGCCGUCCACGCGGCCCUCGGCGUGUCCCGCUACCCGCCCUUCUACCCGUGGCUCGCCUUUUGCUACCUCGCCUUCGAGUUCGCGCACGAGACCGCCCACAAGGCUGACCCGCCCGCGUGGCUCGGCGCCUGCCGCGACUUCCACGUCCAGCACCACAAGACGCCGUGGCUCAACUACGGGUUCGUCUCGCCGAUGUGCGACCACGUCUUCGGCACGGCGCACGGCGACUUCGCCGCGCCGUGGGCCUCGAUCCUCGCCUUCGGCCCCAUCCCCUUCCUCUCGUUUUUCCUCCUCCCCCCGGUCGGCACUUGCGCAGACGAGACGUCCUCCUCCGACGCCGAGUCGACGGCUGAGUCAGAGGCGAGCACGGUCCUUGCGGACAGCGAGCCGGCGCUCGCGCACGCCAAGCUCGCCGGCCAGCCGCCCGCCGAGUCGCCGACUUGCGUCCGCCACGCCUUUGUUGCCGAGGACCUGUCCUGACCGAGGACCUGUCCAUACCCGGCUUGCGCGCUCCUUCGCCCUCCUUCCCCUCCCCGCCGCCAGCCGCGCCUAGCUCGCCGUCGGCGGCGGCGGAUGCUCGAGGGGAGGUGCUGGGCCAGAGGAAGGGCAGGCGCGGCCGGUGAGGCCCCCUUCGCUGUGGCGGAGGGGCUGCUCUCUGUGGCCUCCCGUACUCUGGGUCUCUCUUGGGGGACUCCGCCCGCAGCCCUAGCUUUGCGCGCGGCGGUGUCCGGCAUGGUGGGCAGGGAGGGGGGAGGGCCCCCGUCUUUGUGAGAUUUUGCGUGCGUGGGAGCGCAUGACACGGUGCGCUGCUGGGGCUCGCGAGGGUCCCGAAAUCCCUCGCGGUGUCCUGUCCGUGGCGAGCCGUGACUUGUGUGACCCGCGGUUGGAGAGGAGGGCCCCGAGAGGGGCCGCCGAGCCGUUGUGAUAUGUGACGUUUUCUGUUGAGUGUUGUUAUACACA